GGGGCAAAUAUCGUAGAGAAGCCGCGCGUGGGUGAGCUUCAGCGGGCGUCCACGUGCGCGCGCGCGUGCCGCUGCUGUCAUUCACGCCCGGUACCCGGUGCUCCUUUAUAAGCAGCGGGCGGCUGUGGGGCGGCCGCCGCAGCCGAGGCUCCCGAAUUGGCCGGGAGGACAGAGGGUGACCGUCUCCAGAAGCCACCAUGCCUGCGCCUCGUCUGCCGCCGGCCCUCGCCCUGGAUCUGCUGCUGCUGCUGGGCGCCGCCGCCGCCGCCGCCGCCGCCGCAGUUGCUCUCCACUUCCAGGAAGGGCAGAGCUGCCAUAAGCCCCUGACGCGCAAGCUCGCCGGCCUCCGAACUUAUCCUCGUCCUCAUGAAUAUUUAGAUAUUUCAAAUCUGCCCAAAAGUUGGGACUGGAGAAAUAGAAACGGAGUAAAUUAUGUGAGCGCCACUCGAAACCAGCAUAUUCCCCAGUACUGUGGAUCUUGCUGGGCUCACGGCAGCACCAGUGCUCUGGCAGAUCGCAUCAACAUCAAGAAGAAAGGCACCUGGCCUUCUGCUUACCUCUCGGUUCAGCACGUCAUUGAUUGCGCCCAGGCAGGGACCUGUCAUGGUGGAGACCAUACAGGCGUAUGGGAGUAUGCUCACCAGCAUGGUAUCCCUGAUGAGACCUGCAACAACUACCAGGCAAAAGAUCAAAAGUGCAAGAAAUUUAACCAAUGUGGAACGUGUAGUACCUUCGGGGAAUGCCACGUGAUAAAAAAUUACACCCUCUGGAAGGUUGGAGAUUAUGGAACUCUCAGUGGUCGAGAAAAGAUGAUGGCGGAAAUCUAUGCAAAUGGACCAAUCAGUUGUGGGAUCAUGGCCACUUCCAAACUGGAUGCAUACACUGGAGGCCUGUAUGAAGAAUUCAGCAUCUUGCCUAUAAUAAACCAUAUCGUCUCUGUUGCUGGUUGGGGGGUAGAAAAUGGGACAGAGUAUUGGAUUGUCCGGAACUCUUGGGGAGAUCCCUGGGGAGAGAGUGGCUGGCUUCGGAUCGUGACCAGUGCAUAUAAAGAUGGAAAAGGAAGAUACUACAACUUGGCUUUGGAAGAGGAGUGUGCUUAUGGAGACCCAAUACUCACCUGAAUUUGCCACUGCAUUUCUUUGACUGGUGCUUUGGGAGAUUUUGCUAAAAAGGAAAAUAUCCUGCAAAAUGCACUCUUCUUGAGAAAGAGGCCGUGCUAUGCAGUAGCAUUUGAAAUAUUGAUGAUGAAAUAUUACCUUAAUUCAGUAUUUCUUUUAAAAUGAUGAAUAAAGGUAAAGGUUUCUCCUGU